AUGGUUGCUUUACUCCCUCGCUGUGACCAACACAGUGUAACUCCCAACUUGCAAAGGAAUGAGCACUCCCAGCAAACUUUGUGUCGAGAUGGAGCUGCUUUUAAUGGACAUCUGGAUGAGUUAUGUGUUUGGGGCAAGAAAAACACAUUGAAGGAGUACCAGAACGGGCUGUUGGUCAAGCACUUCCCCUUCCUGCUGUUGAAGCCUCUUGGAAAGCAUCCCAGCUCUACUGGAGAAGUUCUUGCCCACUUCCCUCACAUUGAUGACUGGAGGUUCCAUAUAGGAGACAUCAUUGAGCAUGCUGGCAAGGAGGGGAUAGUCUGCAAUCAGUCCGCCGCUGGCCCCAUUGUUCAGCAGUGUGAUGUCGAUGCUUCCGAUGGAGGACCAGUGAGCAAUUCUGACACCUACAUUAAACAGGCAUCCAUGCAAGUCAACAUUUAUUCAUUUAGAGUACUUUAUAUUGAGUAA